UUAGCAAAUCGAACAAGAACUCAUUCAAGAACCGAGCAGGAACUGUUGGCGAACAAAGAGCUUCUUUGAAAACCGGCUGCUGUACGCGGUGCCCUAGCUGGGAAUUGCGGCGUUACAGAGGUCUCCCACGCCCUUCGCGACCUUCUCUUUCAACUUCUCUCCUACCCGCGAAGUUGAAUAUAUAUUAUAUAACUUCUCUUUCAACUUCUCUCCUACAGAGGUCUCCGACGCCCUUUGCGACCUUCUCUUUCAACUUCUCUCCUACCCGCGAAGUUAUAUAUAUAUAUAUAUAUUAUAACUUCUCUUUCAACUCCGCUCCUACCCGACUAACUGUCUAUCUCUUCAUUCAUCCCAUCCCCCUUCGCGCUUCAGCUCCGAUAAAUCCUUAAAUCCCCCUUUAGUGUUCGAUGACAGCUGCGGACGAGGCGGCGAAGCGAGCGCUGACGUCGACUCGCUUCUCCGACCUGAACCCUCCUCUUUCAGAACCCGUUCUCGAAACCCUAGUCAGUGGCGGCUUUGAGUUUUGCACGCCUGUUCAGGCUGCCACUAUACCUUUGCUCUGCAACCACAAGGACGUCGCCGUUGACGCUGCCACCGGUUCCGGAAAAACCCUAGCGUUUGUGGUCCCCUUCACUGAGAUACUUCGGCGUUCCUACUCGCACCCGAAGGCCCAUCAGGUUCUUGGAAUCAUUAUUUCUCCUACAAGGGAAUUAUCUACACAAAUAUACCAUGUUGCACAACCUUUCUUCUUAACAAUCCCCGGUGCUAUGGCUGUGCUUCUUGUUGGUGGGGUGGACAUAAAAACUGAUAUCAAGAAGAUAAAGGACGAAGGUGCAAAUAUACUUGUAGGUACUCCUGGAAAGAUGCAUGAUAUAAUGGAAAGGCUCGACAUGCUCGACUAUCGUAACUUUGAGGUUUUGAUUCUUGAUGAGGCUGAUAGACUCCUCGAAAUGGGAUUUCAAAAACAAAUCACUUCCAUUAUAUCUCGGCUACCGAAGCUCCGUCGGACAGGUCUUUUUUCAGCCACUCAAACUGAGGCCAUUGAUGAACUUUCCAGGGCUGGUUUAAGGAAUCCCGUGAGGGUUGAGGUUCGUACAGAGUCUAAACCAACAGCAAUUCUGGCAUCCUCAGAAGAAUUAACUUCAACAAGAACACCUUUUGGCCUUCAAAUAGAGUAUUUGUUAUGUGAAGCAGAGAAAAAGUCAUCUCACCUUGUUGAAUUCUUGUUGCAGAACAUAUCAAAAAAGAUAAUAAUUUAUUUCAUGACGUGUGCUUGCGUCGACUACUGGGGCACUGUUCUACCACAGCUUUCUGUUCUCAAAAGCUUUCCUUUAAUUCCUCUCCAUGGGAAGAUGAAGCAGACUGCUAGGGAGAAAGCGUUGUCAUCUUUCUCCACUCUUCUAUGCGGUGCUCUUCUAUGCACUGAUGUAGCAGCAAGGGGAUUAGAUAUUCCUGGCGUGGAUUGGAUCGUGCAGUAUGACCCUCCACAAGAUCCUAAUGUAUUCGUGCAUAGAGUCGGUAGAACUGCACGGAUAGGGAGGCAAGGAAAUGCCAUUGUAUUUAUCUUGCCAAAGGAAGAUGCAUACGUAGAGCUUCUGAGUCUAAGAAGGGUGCCUAUUCAAGAGAGAAAAUGCUUCUCCCCGGCUCUCGAUGUUAUUUCUUUGAUAAGGUCUGCUGCAAUGAAAGAUCGCGCUGUCAUGGAGAAGGGUCUUAGAGCAUUUGUCUCAUUUAUUCGUGCUUAUAAAGAGCAUCACUGUUCUUACAUCUUCAGAUGGAAAGAACUGGAGAUAGGGAAAUUGGCAAUGGGAUAUGGCUUACUGCAGAUCCCAUCAAUGCCUGAGAUUAAGCAUUAUUCUUUAUCCAUUGAUGGUUUUACACCCAUGAAUGAUGUUGAUAUUUCUAAUAUUAAAUACAAAGACAAAGCUCGCGAAAAACAAAGACAGAAAACACGCCAGAAAGAAGCAGAACCUCAUCACCCAAAACCAGAAACUGGGAAGCAAAAUUUGGAACAUGCUCCAACUUUGUUAAGAAAGAAAACCGGAAAACAGCGAAAAGCCAUUCGGACGAAAGAAGACGACGAAGAACUGGAACGCGAGUACCGGUUAUUGAAAAAACUCAAGAGAGGGGCCAUUGAUGAAAGCGAGUUUGAUAAACUUACUGGUUUUGCAAGUUUUGAGGAAGAAGAAGAAGAUGAAGAUGAUCCUGAGUCCGCUAUACUAAAAACAUCAAAUCUUUCUAGGCAUAAAAGUAAAAAGCAGAAGUUGAAGCAUAAAGGGAGUUUGAAGAGAUCAGAAAUGAAAAGAGGGCUCUCCAAAGGUAAAUUUUUUAAGUCUAAUUUCAUUGCCAGGGCUCCUGUGAAGAAGAAAUGAUUGAUGUAUAUUGGGGCAUUUAAUUACAUAGCAUCCAAUUCUUAUGUAUUUAUGCAUCUAAACACCUAAACUUAACUUUUUUACAUUCAUGCCACCCAAAUCUUCAUAUCACAUCCAAAAUACCACUAUUUUAGCUUUUAAAAUGCGGAUAUGUGGUAUAUGUAUGUAACAAUUGAAGUUUAGAUGCUAGAUAUGUAAAUACAAAGGAAUUGAGUGGUAUGCAUGUAAAUCUUUCUUUAGAGUUUGAUUGACUUACUUAGAAUAUAGCAGUUUGUUCAGUAGUUAUGGGCCAUGUCUCGCUAAGGAAGGAGAUUUGUUGAAUGGGGGAAAGGGUUGAGAGAGUUUGUUUUAGGAAUAGGAAUGAUGAUAUAUUAU